AGGGCGGCUGCGCGGGAGCGGCGCGUGGCGGGCGGUUUGACCGUUGGCGCCAUAACGGCCACGCGCUGAUCCCUGUUCUCCACAGGGCGGCCCGAGCGCUUCCCCGUGCUGCGGUUUAAUCAUAAAAAUGGAGCAUUGCACAUCAUACAUAGGAUGUGAGCUUUCUGAGGUGCCUUUAUCUGAUACUGCUCAGAGGAUUAUGUCAGCUUUGCAGUCAAUUCCUGCAGGAGUUCAGACUAGCAGAACAAACAAUCAGAGUAAGGAGAAGACAAAGGAAGAUAAGCUAGGUGAUAAGGAUGCAGGUCUGAGAAAUGAAAAGGCCAAGCACAUUGAGAUCAGUGAUUCCACAGUUGUCUUAUUAAAAUCAGCUGCCAGCUCUCAAACAAGUCCUGCUGGUGAGAUAGCCAGGACAGCACAUACCAAAGAAAUACUUUGCUGUCAAGAUAACAAAAUACUGAACUACCAGGAAUCAGACUCUCCUAAAUGGGGAUACAGAGGAAAAAACCUUACAGUAGAAAAAAGAAACAUGGUGGAUGGUGAAAAGAACUUAGCUGCCUCCCUUAAAAGAAAGCAAGAGUUGCCUACGUAUUGUUCGGGAAAAAAAGGAUUACUUGUAAAGAAACACAUUUCAAAUGAAAGUAGAUGUAGCUGGCCUUCCAGACAAGCAGAACCUUCUGAAAAUGAAUUUUGUGAUAUCAGGAGUUUAGGAUACGAAGAAAAAAGAGAAUUGAUUGCAAAUAUAAAAGAAGCAGUGGCUUUUGUAACUACUAUGAUAUUUCUAGAUGGUUCUUCGCAGCUCAAUUCAGAGCAGACCUUAACCUCGUCAGUAAAGGGAAUUGUUGUGUUAGUGAAGAGUCGAACAGAUCGCCUUCGCUCCCGCAGUAUCUCUUCAGCUGACAGUACUCGGAGCACCAUUAGUGAAAGUGAUAAAUUCAUUUAUUUGGAAACUGAAUGCUCUUCCCUUUGGGAACAAGAAGAGCAGGCUCACAGCAAAUUUGCUCGGCAGGUGUUGUUUCAAAUACUACGUUGCAAAGUUCCAGUUAUCUGCUUCAAUGCCAAAGAUUUCCUGAAGACAGUGCUUCAAGUUUAUGGUAAUGGAAUUAGCUGGAAACAAGUUGCUGAUAGCGUUGUGUUAGAUCCAAGGAUUGCGGCGUGGCUGAUAAACUCCAGUGACACGGUUCCUUCUUUUGAGUGUCUCAUACAGUAUUUUGGAAAAUCUUAUUCAGUGGAAACAGUAAAUACAGAUACGGGUACGCUGAGAAAGUCUUCGCAUCAAAACUUGGUUGUGAAUUUGCAAAAACUUUAUACUAUAAUGAUGGGCCUUGCUCAUGACUUAAAGGUCCAAGGUUUGUGGAAAUUAUUUUGCAAAUUAGAGAUUCCACUAAUCAAAGUCCUGGCAGUUAUGGAAACUCACAAAAUACAUGUGGACAAACAAGAACUGAGAAAAACAUCGGAGAUUCUGGGGCUGAGACUCAAAGAACUUGAAGAGGAAGCCCAUCAGAUUGCUGGAGAACGAUUCCUUCUGACCAGCAGUAGUCAACUCAGAGAGGUGCUGUUUGAAAAGUUAAAGCUGCAUACUGUGUGUGAGAAAAUUCGCAGAACUGAGAGACAGCAAGUUGCAUCCACCUCAGAAGCUGUGUUAAUUAAGUUGCAAGAUCUUCAUCCUUUGCCUAAGCUAAUGUUAGAAUACCGGCAGGUUCGUAAAAUGAAAUCAACUUAUGUGGAUGGACUAAGAACAUGCAUGAGAAAGGGAUUUAUUUGCCCUACGUGGAAUCAGACAGGAACUGUGACUGGCAGACUUUCAUCCAAGCAUCCAAACAUUCAAGGUAUCUCUAAACAUCCACUGAGAAUUACAAAGAAACAGUACAUAAAAGGAAAAGAAGAGGAAAUACUAACCAUUUCCCCACGAGCACUAUUUGUUUCAAAGAAAGGAUAUACUUUUUUAGCAGCAGAUUUUUCACAAAUUGAAUUAAGGAUCCUUGCUGACUUAUCAGCUGAACCAGAGCUGUUGAAACUAUUCCAAGAGCCUGAAACCACUGAUAUAUUUACCUCACUGGCUUCUCAGUGGAAGGGCAUCCCAAGUGAACAAGUGAAACAAACUGAUAGAGAGCAAGCAAAGCGUAUCGUUUACUCAGUUGUUUAUGGAGCAGGUAAAGAACGUCUUGCUGAAAGCUUAGGAAUUACUCCUCUUGAAGCUAGUCACUUUAUAGAGAGUUUUAUGCAAAAAUACAAGAAAGUACAUGAAUUUACAAAGAAAACCAUUGGACAAUGCCAAAAUAAAGGUUAUGUGGUUUCCAUUAUGGGACGCAAAAGACUACUUGCUAAUAUCAAUUCACAGGAUUACAAACUACGCACUCAAGCAGAGAGGCAGGCUGUCAAUUUUGUUGUUCAAGGAUCUGCAGCUGAUCUUUGCAAAUUGGCUAUGGUUGAGAUUUUUACCUCUGUUGUCGUUUCUCCGACUUUAACAGCCAGGUUAAUUGCUCAGAUUCAUGACGAGUUGUUGUUUGAAGUAGAAGAUUCCCAAAUCCAGGAAUUUUCAGCACUGGUGAAAAGAACAAUGGAAUCCCUUCAGCAAACAGCAGCCUUGGAGGUGCCACUGAAGGUUCCCUUGAAAGUGCUUCUUACCACUGGGAAAUCAUGGGGGUGUAUGACAGAAUUGCAGGAGAUGUAAAGCAGUCAUCGGGGAUGUUAUUCAGUACCCGUACACCUCAUUGGCCUGUGCUGAUUCCUCACUGAAUCACUAGGCAACAGCGCUGCUGGAUCUUUCAUAAGCACCUAAUACUCUGCAUGUGAAUUUUUUUACUUCAUUUUGUCUGUAGCCCUAGGCAACAGCAGUGAGAUAAAACUGGAUUUUACCAGUUCAUUGUGUUUCCUUUAGCCAAGGUAACCAGCAGGGAGCUGCUUUUGUUCAGAGCUAAAUUGCUACAUGCAAGAAAUGAAGCAAGACAAUAUUAACCCUUUGGGAACAGGACAGAUAUAUUUGAGUUAAAUGGAUGUUUAGAUUUUAAUAUUAAAUAUUUUUGUGUAGUGCUUUUGUAAAAAUACAUAAAAUCUGAAAUUAGAAAGAUGCUAUUUGGACUGUACCAGCGGCUGCUUAACUGUUGCAUUCAGCUUGUUCUACAGUUUGUGAGUAGAUGGCAGCUGCUAACAUGCUGAAUGUCUUUUUCCAGAGACUUAGAAAAGAGUUCCUUAGAAGAGUUUUCACUUUACUUUGUAUUUAAGAUUUUAGAGUACAACAAGUAAAUGAAAACAGCAUAAAAUGUAUUAAAAAUAGCCAGAUUGCUGUCAGUGCUAUUAAUUUCAAACUCAUAUUGUACACUGUAGCUUUAGCAAACAUUAGAGGAGGUAUUUUAGUUUUGCCUGAUCUAUUAUUUUUAUUAUUGAUAUAAUGCUAAAUACAGCUUAGAUUAAUGUUGAGAUUCAGACGUACACCUUAAAUGAUUCAGGCUUCUUCAGUGUUUGGAUUUGUUAUUGAUACUUUGUUGUUCUGUAGAGUUUAUGCUUGAAGUUUGUUUUAUAAAUCGUUACUGGUUGCCAAAUUCUGUCUCUGUGAUUGUGGAAAAUGAAACUAUCCUCAACAUCUACUGUUCAUUUGGAAGUUGAAGUCAAACAAAAAAAAUUUGUAGGAGACGUUCAAUAUCUUUCAGCAUCAGACCUCAAAUGAUCAAAGUAAUAUAAUUUAAAUUUUAAAUGUGUUGAGCUACAGGGAUCUUGCAACAGUUUUAAUUUGUAUCCUUGGACAAUUUUGCAUUAUCCUUAAAGGUAUUAACUAUUAACUAUUGCAUAUGAAUUGUACAUAGCCUGUCAGAUGAAGUGAAUUAGUUAUUUCUAAAAAUUCAUAUUGCUAUAAAAUUAGCAGUGGUCAUGUAAGUAAAGUCAGAACAUUUUACAUAUUAAUCGUGGGUCUCUUUGGGUGGAAGGCAGAUCACAGAGACUGUGAUCACCUCUGGGCUCCAGGUUUGCCCUUUUUGAUUUUGCAACUUUCCUUCCUGCUUUUAAAUCUCCAAGACAACCACACAGUAAGGGCACUACCUUAUUAUACAUCUGAGGGUUCAUUUUGUAUAGGCUGGUGUGAGGGCAAAAGACAAACUGGUUCAAGCUUGCAGGAUUGUUCAAGCCCAGGAUCUCAAGACAGUGCAGUUUGUGUCCCCACAGCUUGCAGGAUGUAUACCAGGAACUCAAGAUAUCUUCUAGUACUCCAGAUUCACUAGUAAAGAAGCUGUUUUCUUCAAGUUGUAGGCCACUAGUGAAUUAGCAUAUAUGGAUUUAUUGGGAGAGGGGGGGAAAGCACACAACUAAACCUCUUUGAUGUUGUCCAUGCAAUAAUCACCAGAUGUGCUAUGAAACAUUAUAGAUACUGGGAUGUGUUCUUUAGUCUUUCCAUUCUCUUGUCUAUGAAUAGCCAGACAGCCUUCACUGCUUGGCCUAUUCUACUUCAUUAAGGUAUCAGUUUUGGGGAUCAUUAGACUUUUCAGAACUCACUGAAGUGGACCUCAGAUCCCCUCUCUGGAUGAGUUUUUAACUCAUGAAAUCCCACAUACUGAGGUGAAUGCUCACUCUCUGGAGCCAUUGUUUGUACUUCACACUCCAUUCUUGCUGCCUUCCAUCCUAUACUGCAAAAUAGAUUUCAAAUUGUGGAAUAAUAGAAUUAUUUCUCUCUUUA